GUUCGAAAGGGAAACUGUUUUUCAUUUCUGAUGAAAAACAGUCCUUUUUCCUUUUAUCAGUUCUGCUGUCUAUUCAUGAGAAAGAUGGGCUCUCCUUCGACGACAGUCGCUCGGAUCUGUUGCCUCUUUCUGCUUCUCUCCGUCGCUCGCUCCAAAACCCUAAAAAGAGACGUGAAAGCCUUGAAUGAAAUAAAGGCAUCUCUGGGAUGGAGAGUGGUCUAUGCAUGGGUUGGAGAUGAUCCUUGUGGAGAUGGUGACUUACAACCAUGGACUGGCGUUACGUGCUCCAGUCAAGGAGAUUACAGGGUUGUGACAGAACUGGAGGUUUAUGCUGUAUCAAUUGUUGGGCCGUUUCCUACUGCUGUAACCAAUCUGCUGGAUCUGACAAGGCUGGAUCUCCAUAAUAACAAACUGACAGGGCCAAUCCCUGCUCAAAUUGGACGGUUGAAACGUCUUAGAACACUAAAUUUGAGGUGGAAUAAGCUACAAGAUGCAAUUCCUCCUGAAAUCGGUGAAUUAAAGAGGCUGACACAUCUGUACCUGAGCUUCAAUAAUUUCAAGGGGGAAAUUCCCAAGGAGCUUGCAAAUCUACCAGAGCUUCGUUAUCUUUAUCUUCAUGAGAACCGCUUUACCGGCCGAGUUCCUCCUGAAUUGGGCAAUCUCCCAUACCUCCGGCAUUUAGAUGUUGGUAAUAACCAUUUGGUGGGAACCAUAAGGGAGCUCAUCCGUUUUGAAGGAAGCUUUCCCUCUCUACGCAAUCUGUAUCUAAAUAACAAUUUCUUGACUGGAGGUAUACCAGCACAGCUUGCAAAUUUGACGAAUUUAGAAAUACUAUACCUGUCAUACAACAAAAUGUCCGGGAUCAUACCUUCUGGGCUUGCCCAUAUUCCUCGAUUGACUUACUUGUAUUUGGAUCACAACCUAUUUACAGGGCGGAUUCCGGAUGCCCUCUAUAAACACCCCUUUUUGAAAGAAUUAUAUAUUGAAGGCAACCAAUUCAAGCCUGGGGUGAACGGUAAAGGCGGUCACAAGGUUCUUGAGGUCUCGGAUACGGAGUUCCUAUUUUAAUUUGCAUUUUUAUAUUCUUUUAACUGUUGUUGGAUCACAUGUUUAUCAUAUUUGGUCUUGCAUGCUUCACUGGAUGAGACCCUCUUGCAGCCACAGUAGGAUGGUUGGAACCAUCCAUCUGCUGGGGAAUGGAUAAUCCUCAACAUCCGUGAGUGGCAUUGCAAAUGAGAGGAUGGCACACAAAUGUAGUCCGUGACCCAACAUAUAUGGGCAGGACAUCUUUUCAGUGUUUUUUCUUGGACGUUGCCCAUCGACUUUGGUUCCUUGUAGCUGGAUGGUUCUCAUCAUCUGACCACAGCUGCAUGUGGCCCAGUCCUGUGAUUGACGGGUAUGUACUGCUGCACAUGCAAAACAAACUCCCAACCAUUACGAUACCACUUGAUAGUUUGACUGAUUCAAAAGGCCUGUUCCCAAGCUUCUUUUCCCACUUGUAUUGUUUAUUAAUGCAUCAAAUCAAAACCUUACCAGUUUGGUGAUUUUCUUUUUUGGUUAGUAAAUUUAUGGGGGAACAUAAAGAUAUUCUUAUUGAUGUA